AAUUUCUCACAUGGGUUCAAAUUACAAUACAGACGCUAUUCGGGAGCAGUUCACAUCUCUUAUUUAGUACUUAUUAUCAGUUUCCAAAGCAUAUUAGCAUCUGCUCUCUUUCGCUCGGCAUCUUCGGUUCUUCACUUUCCCAGUCUCCAGCAAUGGGAGAAACCGAUUCUUUCUUCUCGAACAAAUCAGCGAAGAUCUUCGUAGCAGGCCAUCGAGGCCUAGUUGGUUCUGCCAUAGUUCGUAAACUUCAGUCCCUAGGCUUUACCAACCUCCUACUCCGCACCCAUGCCGAUCUGGACCUUACUCGCCAAUCCGACGUCGAAUCCUUCUUCGCCGAUGAGAAACCUCACUACGUCGUACUAGCUGCCGCUAAAGUUGGUGGGAUCCACGCCAACAACACUUACCCUGCCGAUUUCAUUGCCAUCAACCUCCAAAUCCAGACCAACGUCAUCGAUUCCUCUUACCGCCACGGCGUUAACAAAAUCCUCUUCCUUGGUUCCUCUUGUAUUUAUCCCAAGUUUGCGCCGCAACCCAUCCCUGAAAAUGCGCUCUUAUCCGGUCCCCUGGAACCCACCAACGAAUGGUAUGCCGUUGCCAAGAUCGCGGGGAUCAAAAUGUGCCAAGCGUACAGAAUUCAGCACGGCUUCGAUGCUAUUUCCGCUAUGCCGACAAAUUUGUACGGCCCCAACGAUAAUUUCCAUCCUGAAAAUUCCCACGUUUUGCCCGCUUUGAUGCGGAGGUUCCAUAAAGCCAAAGUGGAAGGAGCAAAAGAAGUAGUUGUUUGGGGAACCGGUAGUCCAUUAAGGGAAUUUUUGCACGUCGACGAUCUAGCUGAUGCUGUGGUUUUCUUGCUGGGAAAUUAUAGUGGGUUGGAACAUGUGAAUGUAGGUAGCGGAAAAGAGGUUACUAUUAAGGAAUUAGCUGAAUUGGUUAAGGAAGUUGUUGGGUUUGAAGGGGAACUUGUUUGGGAUACUUCGAAGCCUGAUGGGACUCCUAGGAAACUCAUGGACAGCUCGAAGCUUGCUUCAUUGGGGUGGAAGGCCAAGAUUUCUUUGAAAGAUGGGCUUAUUGAUACUUAUAAAUGGUACUUGGAGAACGUCAAGCAAUAAUGGCAGAGCAGGUGAUAUUGUUGGUUUCUUCCCUGAUGAAUUUUUUGAUCGGGGUAUUUGUUGUUUUGUGAUGUUGUCAUUAUUAUCAUCGCCUAUUGUUUGUUUAUUGUUAUGUUUGGAUACGCCGUGGAAUAAUUUGAGGUUAAUUUUGUACCAAUUAUAUGGCAUCCAAGUUGAGCAUGAGGAAUUCCUUUGCUAUAUAUUGGAUCAAACUUUCUAUUGAGGAACUGACUAGAUUUUUCUUUUUAUUUAAUUUCGAACUGGAUUAAAUUAUGUUCAA